AUGUGGCUUGAGGAGCAGCAAGAAGGCCACAUCCAGGAACAGGAGGAAAAGUCUGCUACUCAGCCUGGCAGGAGAAGUCCAAAUUCAGGGCAUCAGCAGGAUCAUGUGGCAAAAGAGCCAGUGGAGGAUACAGACCCUAGCACUUUAUCCUUUAACAUGUCAAACAAAUAUCCCAUUCAAGAUACUGGACUCCCUAAAGCCAAGGAAUGUGAUACACUUACUUUGAACUUCCCAGAAAAUUCUGAUGAGCAACAUCAGAGAGAAGAAAAUGGCUUUCCAGAUGGUGCUGGAGAACCCCUGUCAGAUUUAAGCAAGGAUACAUCCUGUAAAGAAAAUUGUACGUGUUCCUCAUGCUCGCUCCGGGCCCCCAACAUAAGUGACUUGCUCAAUGACCAGGACGUAUUAGAUGUGAUCAGGAUAAAGCUAGAUCCCUGUCACCCAACAGUAAAGAACUGGAGGAAUUUUGCAAGCAAAUGGGGCAUGCCCUAUGAUGAAUUGUGUUUCCUGGAGCAGAGGCCCCAGAGCCCCACCUUGGAGUUCUUGCUCCGGAACAGUCAGAGAACGGUGGACCAGCUGAUGGAGCUCUGCAGGCUCUACCACCGGGCUGACGUGGAGAAGGUCCUGCGGAAGUGGGUGGAGGAGGAGUGGCCUAAGAGGGGCUGCAGAGACCACCCACAACACUUCUAGAGUACCCCUCCUUCAUUGGCCUCU